AUGGUGGGGAUUUUAAUGGGUUUCCUACUAGCUUUGCUUGGCGGUUUUGCUCUCUCAGCGGUUCAUGCCCAGGAUCAACCAGGCUUCCUAAGCAUAGAUUGUGGGAUAUCAGAAAAUGCAGGCUACGUCGAUGCUAAAACUGGCAUAAAUUACAUUUCAGAUGCAAGCUUCACAGAUACUGGUAGUGCUAAAAGCGUAUCACCAGCAUUUCAGACUAACAGCACUGAGCAGCAAUUCUUGAAUGUAAGGAGCUUCCCACAAGGAACCAAAAAUUGUUACAAACUCAAUCCUCCGCGAGGCAAAGGCACUAAAUAUUUUAUCAGAGCAAGGUUCAUGUACGGAAAUUAUGACUCCAAAGGUCAACUCCCCCAGUUCGACUUGCACCUUGGGGUUAAUGUGUGGGAUUCAGUGAAAUUGGAAAAUGCAUCAACUAUAGUAAACAAAGAGAUUAUACAUGUACUCACAUCUGAUAGUAUAUAUGUUUGUCUCGUGGAUACUGGCCUUGGAACACCUUUUAUAUCAGCAUUGGAGCUAAGGCUUUUGAACAACUCCAUCUAUACAAUUGAGUCUGGAUCAUUAGUAAACAUUUUGCGCUUGGAUUUUGGUUCAUCAACCAAGGAAUUUGUCAGGUACAAAGAUGAUAUAUAUGAUCGCAUUUGGUCUCCACCUGUUAAUUCAGCUAGCUGGGGAAAGCUAAGCACCCAGAAGAAUAUUGACACUAACAGUGGCAACAUGUUUCGGCCACCAGUAAAGGUCAUGCAGACGGCCUUCACAGCUCUUAAUAACAGCAAAUCCUUCAGAUUAUAUUGGGUGCCUGACGAUCCUUCUUUUCAAGUUUAUUUUUACAUGUACUUCUCGGAAAUCCAAGAACUCAAAGCAAACCAGUUCAGAGAAUUCAAUCUCUAUCUGAAUGGGAACUUUUGGAAUGGACCUUUUGUGCCAAAUUACUUGUACACGAACACCUUAUAUACCACGUCAGCAGAGACUCAAACAGAUUACAGCAUUACAUUUAAUCAAACUGAUAAUUCAACCCUUCCGCCUAUUAUCAAUGCCUUUGAGAUUUAUAGGGCAACACAGCUUUUUCAGUCAGAGACAGUACAAGAUGAAGUUGAUGCUGUUGUGAAUAUUAAGUCAAUGUAUGGAGUAAAGAAAAACUGGCAAGGAGAUCCAUGUGUCCCAAAAGCUUACUUGUGGGACGGUCUUAACUGCACUUAUGAUGGUUACAACCCUCCCAGGGUCACAUCCUUGAACUUGUCUUCAAGUGGUUUGAGGGGGCUGAUAGCUCCCUACAUAUCCAAUCUCACGAUGAUCCAGUUUUUGGAUUUAUCAAAUAAUAGUUUAACCGGGUCAGUGCCUGCGUUCCUACCUCAAUUGACAUUCCUGAGGGUCCUAAAUUUGGCAGGAAACAAUUUCACGGGUUCUAUUCCUGCGGAACUCGUUGAAAAAUCAAGGAAUGGAUCACUGUCAAUGAGUGUGGAUGCAAAUCUAUGUUCGUCACUAUUGUGCAACACCACCACCAUCACCAAGGACAACAACAGCAACAACAAUAAGAACAAUGACAACAACAGCAACAACAACAACAAAUUUGUUGUUCCAGUUGUAGCAUCAAUUGCUGCAUUGCUCAUCAUCUUAGGGGCAUUGGCCAUCUUUUGGUUCCCUAAAAGGAGACAAGAAGGCCGGAAGAUGGGGAGGGUGGAAACUGAAUCCCCUAAAAAAGAUGGGCCACUGGAGGCGAAGAAACGACAGUUCACAUACUCAGAAGUACUUUCUAUUACCAACAACUUUGAGAGGGUUAUAGGGAGAGGUGGAUUUGGAACAGUUUACCAUGGUUACUUAGACGACUCUCAAGUAGCUGUGAAGAUGCUUUCUCUAUCUUCAGCUCAAGGUUAUGACGAGUUUCGAAAUGAGGCAGAACUUCUUAUGAGAGUUCAUCAUAGAAACUUGACUUCUCUUGUUGGAUACUGCAAUGAUCGCACAAACUUGGGGCUUAUUUAUGAGUACAUGGCUAAUGGGAACUUAGGAGAUUAUCUGGCAGACACAAAUGUAAAUGCCCUUAGCUGGGAAGAAAGGCUACGGAUAGCUAUUGAUGCAGCACAGGGAUUGGAGUAUUUGCACAAUGGUUGUAAACCUAUAAUAGUCCACAGAGAUGUGAAGUCUUCGAACAUCUUACUGAACAAAGAAUUCCAGGCAAAGAUAGCUGAUUUUGGGCUGUCCAGAGCUUUCCUGACUGAAGGAGACACUCAUGUCUCAACAAGAGUUAUUGGUACCCUUGGCUACCUUGACCCUGUGUACCGUAUGACAAACUGGCUGAACGAGAAAAGUGAUGUCUAUAGUUUUGGAGUUGUUCUCUUGGAGAUAAUCACAAGCCGACCUGCGAUCGGAAAAGAUGCUGAAAAGACUCACAUAAUUCAAUGGGUCCGACCCUUGCUUGAAAAUGGGGAUGUAAGAAACAUUGUUGAUCCAAGGUUGCCAGGAGAAAUCAACAUUAAUUCUGUUUGGAAGGCUGUAGAAUUAGCAAUGGCUUGUGUAUCUCCAGCUCCCGCCAAAAGGCCAACCAUGAGUGAUGUAGUGAAGGAAUUGAAGGAGUGUUUGGCAUUGAAGGGAGCAUGGUCUAGGGAGUGACAUGAGGCUGGAUCAGUUAAUUCAAGGGGUGUGAUCCCUCCAAAUGUGAAUUCUGUAAUGAGUCCCACAGCAAGGCAGUAGAAGUAAUACCGCAGAAGGCAUAGAUUGUGGUUUAACGGGUAUGAAGAAGCAAGGAGGGGAAUGAGCUAUUUGUAUCUCCUACUUCAUAUAUAUAUUCUCCUUUUUAUUUCCCUUUUUUUUUUUAAAUAAGGAGGGUGACACUUCCAUUUAUUUA